AUGAUUAAUGACCCAGCUGACCACACCUGGUUGCCCCACCAAACCCAAGACAAUACUCUCCAGUGGAUUCUUAUGCUUAAUCUAGAGAAAAUGGCACUAAGUAGUGAACCAGCAGACAUGCCAAUUCAAUACAACCGAACCCAACCCAUUAUUAUUCCUAGGUCGUGGAAAGAAAGCGAGUACAACAGAUGUUUCGAGGGGUUGACUCUCCUACAAAGGAUCACAAGCCAGGCGCCCAUAGCUGUUCAUGGCCUAUGCUUGGAGUAUGGUCAGGCAUCCUUUAAGUUGCUUCUUCUGCUGCUGCGCAUCCUAGCCAUGCCUCGAGUAGUAGUAAAUUUGUGCGGCCAGCUCCAGCCAGACGAAAGCCUUCUGGCCAAGCAGACACUGGCUAGCCAGGCGUACUUGCUCAAGAACCUCCCAGAAGAUAUAAGUGCCCGAAAGACUCUUUUACAAAUGCACACGACAAAUACCAUCGAGUACUGGAGAGAUAUUCUCGAAUUAGUCAUCCAGACGUACAGAGAUUUAGAAUUAAGAGAAGGUUUUAUUGUGUUGGGUUGUGUUGGGUAG